AUGGACCCAAACACAACCAUCUUACGUGUGAAGAGAAAGCGGGGUACUGACCCGGCAGAUGCACUGCUGCUGGCCUGUAAACGCAUCCGCCCGGAGGCCUCCCAAAGUGCGCCUGAAGGAGCUCCAGAGCCCCGGGAGGAGGUGGAGCAGGAGGCGCAGGAGGCUGUAGAGAACUCCGUCUUCAAACUCGUGGCGACGGUAGCAACACAGGAUGCUCCAGUUCAAACACAAGUUCGACAGGCUUUGGCCCGGCCCCGUAUGGCGCACGCACUUCGACCCUCUGCGGCCAGCUCUCAGCGCAUCAUCGGAGACCUCCGCAGUGCCAAGUGGAGCACCCGGAGAGAGGAACGCUACAGGCUGAUCUCCAGCCACCGCACAGCAGUGUCCCCUCCAGCUGAGCAGCACACCCCACCCACAGACCCCCCACAGAACGCAGUGGACAAUUCCAAAGAACAGGACAAAAGUUGGUCUAUUGGAGAGAUUCAGGUGGUUGAUUUGCUACACGAAGAUCCACAAGACUCAAAUAAGCGUGCGAAGACACUGACCGAUCCUGAGGUUAUCUUAUGUAACAACACUAAGUUGCUCCGUGAGCGCUUGUGCGUCUCUGAGGAAGUUCUUGGUGGAGAGCACCGUGAGCAUGAAGACGAUUACGUCUACGACUUGUAUUGCCAGGAGGCGGCCACACCCGGAUGGAUCCAGGACAUCCUGUCUGUCAGGGCCUACGCUGAUGAGGGAGAACUGGUUCCUGACCUUGUAGUUCACGAAGAAGAGGUCUAUGAAGAUGAGGACGAUGAGAACGAAGAAUGUAACUGGAGGAAUGACUAUCCGGAUGAAGACAGUGAUGGAGAUAGUGACCGGGAAGAGCGCUAUGGAGCUGUACUUCCAGGAUACUGGGAGGAGGAGCACUCUUACAGCCGGAGGAACUGGGAGCAGUACCAGAGAGAAGUGCUGCACGAACUCGGCCGUUGUCGCGAAGAGGACGAUGACGAAGACGAGGCAGACAAAUACUCUUCAGACUAA